AUGAAGUACGCCAUCCUUGUGGCAGCGCUCUUCGUCGCCGGCGCCUUUGGCGCGCCCGUUGAGCAACAUGAGCUUCCGCGCAUCCUCGAUCCGCGCUUCGUCUCCCACGGCCGUCCGGCGUGCCAAACAGCCGAGGAGAUGUCCGUGCGCCUGUACAGGCACAACUGGGACCCCACCAGGUGGUGGCAGUGCAACCAGCACAACGUUCCCGCCGAAAUGAUGACCUGCCCCACGGCCAUGCUGUUCGACGAGCGCUCGCGCACCUGCAUUCCCGCCGAAUCCUGGGUCUGGACGGAGACUCGCAACCCGCCCAGUCUCGCCGAGUGGAACGGAACUCCCCCACUGGACGGAAUCUGCCCUCAGGACAACCCCAGCUGCCCGCCUUGCCCUACUCCAUGCCCGCCGUGGACAACAACGACGACAACCACCACUACUACUACUACGACCACUACGACGACCACUACAACAACGACGACCACAACUACUACUACCACUACCACUACCACCACUACAACCCCGUGCCCGCCGUGCCCUACGACACCCACUUGCCCUCCUUGUGAAACCACCACCACCCCGUGCCCACCCUGCGAAACCACAACCCCGUGCCCACCUUGCCCCAGCGACAUGAUCUGCGAGGCUCACCACAUGGGACUCCUGUGGCCGGCCAACCGCGAAGACAGCUUCUUCGUGUGCCACACCAUCAACCAUCCGGCGCUGGAGAUGUUCUGCGACCCCGGCCUGGUCUUCAACUUCAACCAGCAGACCUGCUCGCCGGCUUGGCAGAUCCAGCCGCAGCCCCAGCCCCAGCCUCAUCCGCAACCCGUCCCGCCGCCCCAUCAGCAAUGGUAGGCGAUUGGACGCAACGAUGACUUGACACGGCAACCAUAGAGCUUUAAUCCUUAAUCCUGUAGAUUCUCCCCUUAGCCACGUAGAUUGUCCGCACUCUGUAGAGAUUUAUAAGAAAUAUACCCCACUUUUGCAUUCCUAAUCGCAUGUUUCACUGUGCGGAUUUGAAAAUAACCCAGAGUUGUUGAAUAUUUAAUAAUCCCCUC